AUGGCGGAUGACUCUGAGCCACCAACAUGCUUCAAUUGUACACUGCAAGUCAACGAAACUAUACAUGUUAAAUGUAACGAAUGCCCAGUGAACAUUUGUAUGCUGUGUUUCCAAUGCGGCGCUGAAUCGCCUCCUCAUCGUCGAGGACACAACUACGAGCUCUUGAAACCAUUGGAAGAUGGUGACGGAAUGACCUGGACACACGAAGAUGAGUUUGAAUUGCUGAAAGCUGCUCACAGAUUCAAGAUGGGCAAUUGGGGAGCGAUUGCUGAAAGUAUUGGUCGCGGACGAAGAGAAGGACAAAACUGCAAAGACUAUUUCGAGAAACACUUUGUUCGUGGAUGGAUGGGACAAUUUUCUAUAAAAAGUGCAAACUGGGAAAAAACAAAAUUUGAGAUGUUCGAUAAGCAAGAGUUGGACAGUGUCCUUCAGAAGAACUGUCUUGAAUCGACAGAAAGAAUGUUGUUGAUUCGUGACGCUAUUCGCGAUUCAGAAGAGACUUUCGAAGAAAAUGAUCCAAAGCUAGCAAUCAAAAUUCAACAACUCUUGGAGAAGUAUAUUCAAAAGUGUAUUGAUAAUGAUGUCGAGAUAAAAUAUGAACGACCACAGCCGCUCAAAGGUCAGUACGAAACUGAAUUGACACCGGAUGAUUGUGAUCGCGAUGAUGUCAGAAACAGAAAAUCUGUAAAGCUCGAAAUUCAAACUGAUGACAGCGACCACGAUGAUUCACCAGGACCUUCGUGCAGUUACCGUCGUAGUGGACCUCCAAGUGCAAAGAAGAGUAGAACAACUCGAGUUGUGAUGGAGUCAAGCAGUGAUUCAGAAGAAGCAAGAAAAAGUGCUUCUCCUGAAAACGAUACGUUAUACAAUGAUCUUGAGAGAGACGACCAGGAUCCGGAAGCUGAUGAAACUGCUCAAGAAGUUGAUUCUGAGGAGGAAGAAGAGGAGGACACAAAACCCAAGAGAGGAGCUACACCCGGAAAAAGAAAGAGACGAAAGAGAUUCGGUUUGUCGAAAAAAGAUAGACGAUUGGACGAAUUCCGUAAGAAGAUGAAUCGAGAACAGAAACAAGUUGAGAAGAAGUUGGCGACUCUUGGUGAACUUUGUACAGCAGAAGAAGUAAAAGUUUUGAGAAAAGAGUAUUCUCGCUUGUUGCAUGAAAAUGGCGUUUCGAAAUCAGAUCGUCCAAAGAUCAAGCAAAGUACAGAACUGAGUUUACUUGGUUACAAUAUAGAACGUGAAGAGUUCGAAACAGAAUGGUUCAACGAAGCGGAGCAGCUCAUCAGUCGACUCACUAUUUCUGCGGCACCGCCCAAAAAAGACGAAAAGCUUGAUAUAGAGAAUGAUAUCAAGUUCGCUCGUCUGCGCCAUUAUAUUCGCUUACUAGGAAUUCGAAAAGCGAAGAGAAAUACUGUUCUCGAACACGACAAAAUCAACGAGUUCAUCAGAUGGUAUAAGGAAGCUUGCCUUCUCUCCAAAACAAACAGCAUAUCAGAUAUAAUGGAUUCUCGUAGCGAGAAAGACAAAUUGUUGGAGAUGACUCAACAGUUUUUAAGAAGAGACGAAUACCAGAAUCUUCGAGCUUGUAUCGAGAAAAUCGAUGGAAUGGUGGAACGAAUUGAAGUUCUUCAAGAGUUACAAAGAAACGGCGAAACGACACUCCGAAACGCUCCAGUUGAACGUAAAUCGAAGAAGAAGAUGAGAAAGAUUGACUGCGAACAGAAGAAGAAGAUUGCCAUGGAAUGGAAUAAGUACAAGAAGUGGCACACUCAAGGCUGGGAAUAA